AUGAGCUACAAAAAUCGGCGAGGAGAAGGCUUUGGUGGGCGCAGCCGUGGCAAUCGAGGUGGACGGGGAGGAUACGGUGGUGGACGAGGUGGAUUUGGUAGUGGGUCAUCGGUGGGCAAUGAGGUAUGCCGGCGUUUCAUGGACGGUGGCAAGUGUGAAUUUGAGCAGACGUCAGGAGGUCGACCAUGCCGCUAUCCACACUUUGUCAAGACCAUCGGUGAAACGCGUGGUCACAGUGGAUCCAUCAAGGAUGUGGUUAUGUGGACAGAGCGGCAGCAACUAUUUACUUGUGCAGCGGACGCCUGUAUUAAGCUUUGGGAUUGCGCGACCUGGCAGGAAAUCACCACUAUAAGCGUGCAGGACGUGUUGCCGCCGUCGGCCAAAGCUAGCAACAACAAUGGAGGCAGGAAAGAUAACAGAGACAAAUCACCACAUAUGGAAGGAGUUACAUCACUCGUUCUUUGUGGCCCUUUUCUCUUUGCGGGCUUCGAAGGCCGCUUUCCGUUUAACCCCAAGGUGUCGGUAGGCAUGAUGCGAGGAUGGAACCUUGAAAAUCCGCAAAUUCCACCCUUCGAGUUCGCAGCAUUGGAUGGUACACCUUUUGCACAUACUAUGAAUGUACAGGCGGUGGCAAUAGCGACUGACCCGAUGGGCAAUGCCACGCUUUUUAGUGGCAGUGCCGACGGUUCAAUCCGAUACUGGCAAUUGGAUACAGCCACGAAUCAAUUUAAGUGUCUUGGUGUCAUGGAUCGACAUGUGCGUGGAGUGACGCGACUGAAGACAUUUGCAGUUGGGGGCGCUUCCAUUUUGGCCUCAGCGAGUGUAGACUCAACAAUUCGACUUUGGGACUUGGCGACAUAUCAAUGCGUGAAGGUCCUGUCUGCCGAGGAAAAUGGUCACAUAGAUGCUGUGAUGGACCUCGAGUUUUGGGUGAAUGGUAACGAGACGUUUCUGAUUAGUGGUGGAUUAGAUUGUGAGGUUAUCGUCUGGAGUCUUACUCCACCGUUUCAGCAGCUUUUCAAGGAGACGCAGGACUCGCAGGUCACUGCGCUUUGCGGUACGCAAGAUGCUGCUCAAGCACCGAUCCUUCUAAUUGGCAUGGUGGAUGGCACUAUUGCAGUCAAAGAGUUGCCUUCGUUUGCGUACAAAACGACUCUUGGCGCUAGUUUGAAUCGUGGCCACCAAGAUGCGGUGACGCUGCUGCUAUUCAGUAUAAGUGAACGAUCGAAUGGUGAUUUACCAGACAAUGCCAUCGCUGUCGGGCAUAUUCAGACUCGAGGCCCAAGAGGAAUAACAUAG